GUCGGAUCGGGUCUGUGGAGGGGGGGCUGCGCCUGGAGCCCUCCGUCCAGCCGCGUGCGCGUGCAUGGCCCUGGUCACAGUGAGCCGAUCCCCCUCGGGCAGCGGCCACUCCACCCCCGUGGGCCCCGCGGAUGAAGGACUGAGCAGGAGGAGUCAGCUGCAGCGCAGGCAGAGCUUUGCGGUGCUCCGUGGUGCUGUCCUGGGGCUCCAAGACAGAGGGGAGCCCAACACCGGGGAUCAGGACAGAUCGGAUGACGAGGAUGACCCAGAAGACGAGGAGGCUCCCGCAGACCAGCCAGAUGGAAAUGACCAGGGCGCUCCAGAGUCCUCAGGCUCUGGGAAGCAAGAGCAGAGGAGGCAUCUGCACCUCAUGGUGGGGUUGCUGAGGGCCCAGGACAAUAUCCAGCUGGCAGUACAACUGGAGACCACCCGGCCGCAAUGGCUCAGGUACCUGCUUGUGGUGUCCACCUCGGAGCUACUAAGCCAGGAUGAGACCGUCCUCCUGGGGGUCGACUUCUCCCAGAGCAGUUCCCCCAGCUGCACCUUGGGCCUGGUCCUACCCCUCUGGAGUGACACACAAGUUUACCUGGAUGGCGAUGGGGGCUUCACUGUGACAUCCGGGGGUCAGACAAGAAUCUUCAAGCCUAUCUCCAUACAGACCAUGUGGGCCACCCUCCAGGUGCUACACCGAGCGUGCGAGAUGGCUCUGGGCAAUGGCCUGGUACCUGGAGGCAGUGCCCUCGCCUGGACUGGCUACUACCAGGACCGAAUCACCUCAGACCAGAGCUGCCUCAAUGAGUGGAUGGCCAUGGCGGAUCUGGAGUCCCUCCGGUCUCAGCUGCCCAGUGCAGACUCUAGUGGGCACUCUGAGCAAGGACAGAUGGAACGACUCAUCCUGACUGAGCUGUGGCAUGUGUUAGACACCAGUGACCUGGAAAAUGUCACCUCCAAAGAGAUUCGCCAGGCCCUGGAGGGCCGCCUGGGCUGCCCGCUGCAGCAGUACCGAGACUUCGUUGACAACCAGAUGUUGGUGUUCGUGGCCCAGCGAGAUCGGGCCUCGCACAUCUUCCCCCACCUGUACCUGGGCUCCGAGUGGAAUGCAGCCAACCUGGAUGAACUGCAGAGAAACCGGGUCAGUCACAUCCUGAAUGUGGCCAGAGAGAUCGACAAUUUCUACCCAGAGCUCUUUACGUAUCACAACGUCCGGCUCUGGGAUGAGGAGACAGAGGAGCUCCUGCCUCACUGGAAGGAAACUCAUCGCUUCAUUGAGGCCGCCCGGGCCCAAGGCUCCCGCGUGCUGGUACAUUGCAAGAUGGGGGUGAGCCGCUCAGCCGCCACCGUCAUGGCCUAUGCCAUGAAACAGUACAACUGGGGCCUGGACCAGGCCCUCCGGCACGUGCAAGAGCUGCGCCCCAUUGCCCGGCCCAACCCCGGCUUCCUUCGGCAGCUGCACACCUACCAAGGCAUCCUCACAGCCAGCCGCCAGAGCCAUGUUUGGGAGCAGAAGGCUGGCGGUAGGACCUCCCCGGAGGAGCCUCUGGCUCUCGAUGCCUCCUGGUCGCAUCCCCCACCCGCCCUGGAGCCAGGGGGCAGCCGGGACUGGAAGGCCACAGAAGGGGAGGAGCAACAGGGAAAGCCGAGAGAGGGGCCAGGCCUGGAGGGGCUGAGACCCCGGCCCCGCAUGGACCUGCGGGGGAUCAUGAGGUCCAUCAGUCUGCUGGAGCCCCCAGACCUCGGGAGUCACCCCGAGACCAGUGAUCUGCCAGAGGUGUUCUCCUGUCCAAACGAGUCCUCAGGUGAGGCUCCCUCCCAGGCUUCCAGGGACAAAGAGGAACCACGGCCUUCCCUGUUCCCCCGAAAGUCCGUAGCCGCCUUGCACAGCGCAGCCCUGGUGGCCAGCCGGAGCCAGGCCUUCCAGAACCAGGGCCAGGGGGAGGCUGUGGAUGGAGCUAAGACCAGAGCCCGGAGAAUGAUGAGACAGGCCAGUGUGGACAGCAGCGGAGAAGAGGGGGGGCCCUGAACCCUUCUAGCCACUAGGAAGAGGUCACCAAACAGCGACCUUGCACUCUACCUACCCACCUCACGCCCCUUCCUCCUCCCACCUCACCCCCUUUGCCCCUGGCCUUCAGCCAUCACCUCCACUGAUAGUACACUGAGGUCUCCCCCCGGGCAUAGGCCUCACACUUCUCUCCACUGUUCGUCUGGGGCAGGGGUGGGGAACCUGUGGCCUCGAGAUCACACGUGGCCCUCUAGGUCCUCAAGCAUGGCCCUUUGAAUC